CAUUCUUGGUAGCCAAUCUAAAUACAGGUAUAAAGGUUGGUCGUAGAUAUUUGGUCAGAAAUGCUACCGCCAUCUGCCACAGGGACUGCAAACGGUCAUGACUGCAGCAAGAUGGCGGCCGCUUUGACGUAUGGAAGCAGAGGGUGGGCACAGACGCGGAAUCCAAUGACGGCCGUCCGUGAGUGACACAAUCACACAGCGUUGGGGUUUUGAGCACGCCCCCUCGAGCGGUUGCCGUUACCAAACGCCGGAAGAACUCGUGUUUUUCUUUUAUGGCGUGAACUUUUGUGAUUAUCCUUGCGACGUUUGCCUUUCGAGUACAAAAUGUUUCCCAGCGUGAGACUACAUCAUCUUGCGUCGGCUUUAACCAGACUACCCGCGCGUAUCGUGGCACGGGCCCUCGUCUGCAGACGGCAACUUCCGAAGGUCCCUGUCAAGGUGCUGUAUGAUGGCCUUUGUCCCAUUUGUGUGACAGAAAUCCGAUUCCUUCAGUUUUUGCAGAAGAACCAGCCUGAAAAAGUGGAGUUUUUAGAUAUCUCCCUUCCUGGCUAUGACGGAGCCAAAUGCAAAGGAGUCAGCUUUGAGGCGGCCAUGGAGGAAAUGCAUGUGAUUGAUGAGAGGCAUCAGGUUCACCGUGGGGUCCCAGCAUUCGCAGUCAUGUAUGGCGCCGUAGGCCUGGGUUGGUUGGGUCGCUUCAUGAUGUGGCCGCCAGUAAGACCGUUCAUGGACAAUUUCUAUGCCAUCUUUGCCCGAAACCGCCUAAAGUGGACCGGACGUGGAAACGAGUGCACUACGGGACGCUGUCAAAAGAAAACGCCAUGAACUAUGAGGGAGAACCUCAUCAUGGACCUAAGGAGAGAAAACACUCAGGUGCUGAAGCGAAGUAACCAGGAUCAAGUUAGAAGCAUGCAGUCCGUUUCACCAGCUACUUUGCUUCAGGACAGUAUUGUCAUCCACUCCCCAUCUAUGCCAAGGCCUGAAAAUGGCAACGAAAAGGCCUUGGAUCACAGCAGCCCAAUAGAAUGAGUUAUCAAGUAAUCAGACUCUAUGGAGCAGGAAGAGGAAAUGAUCUGCGAUCAUUCCAACCCAGUGUCCCCCAUGUCCAGACACUAAUGCGGCAUAUAGCAACAAUGGUUGGUAAUCUUCACUGGAUGGUAAAUGUCUCUCUCAAACUGCCAGUUAUCUAUUUUUGCUUGAUUGCUUGACAAGACGAUUAAAAAAAAUAAAGUCACAUUGGAAAUUA